ACUGAGAGAGCUGUGGGCAGGGAAGGGGAGAAUAGAUCAUUAAACCUUCUUUUUUCCCCUGGGAAUUGCGGUGUUGCGAACCCGCGGUUUUGAGCUGUGUGGGUGCAUUAAAGCUUGCAGGAAACACGGUGACAGGGGCCACUGCCAGAGGUCACCCACAGAUGACUCCUGCCAGCCUUGGAAAUCAGGGGCACUUCCUCCCUGUGUGAGCCAAAUGCUUUGUUCACCUCAAGAACCUGGUCACCCCAGUCCUCCUGACGCACGCGGCCCCAUCCUUGUCCCCCACGUCACGGUGACACAAGGCCUGUGUGCACCAGAGAGUGGCCUGACCUCGAGCUGAGCUCAUCCCAGAGGGACACGGCAGAACAGGGAGUUCCAGGCACUGAAUGUCACCAAGUGCCUUAAUCGAUAUUCUGAUCAAUAAAUACCCAAAGAACACCAGGUCUUACACUGCACUUAUUGUUAUUAUUCUUCUUUCUUAAUCAACUGAAAAUGCAGCUUUUCAUCCCAGAGUGCACCAGCAUCCCAACUUUGCCAGCCCUCAAACGGAUUUGGGAUGCAACCAUCAAUGUGUGUGCAGUCCACACCACUAGAACUGGAAAGGGAAGAAGUUACAGCAUCUCUUUUUGUGUUGUUCACGGGGCUUUUGGGUAUCUUUUGAAGGUGAAUGGCCCUGAGGAAGCCCCAGAGUGAGAGCUGACGUCAAUGUCCGCAUGGUUAUGUAAAUUUUAUGUUCCUCAAAGUUAAAAGUAUGUGAGCAGAAAUAUAGAAAAUUAGAGGAAUCAUGUUCUAUCAGGCAACGAUCUGUUGGAGCAGCAGAGCAUGGACUGUGGGAGAUUGUCUCCUCAUGGCUGAGCCCUGCUCUGUGAUAAAGCAAAAGGUUAAAAUGUGCUGGGGUUCAUUCCAUUCCUCUUAAAGAAAAUUAUUUUCAGUGACACCUGGAGCUUGCUCUAACCCCACCUGAAAGCUGCUGGAUGGAUGGAUAUUCCUGCUCUCUGAAUGGUCCUGGAGUGAAUCCACUGUUAAUAAAACCUCUCUUAAAUAUUGGGAAUGUUCCUGCUGGAAUUUGCAGACCUUUGGCCUCUCUUCUGCCCAACAGCAGCACCAGAUCCCUGGACUCUCAAAGGAAUCAAACCAGCCACCUGAGGUGCAUCAGUGCAGCUGAUAAAGGAAUAUACUGAGACCUGUAUAAGUCAGUGGAUGAGAGGCUGGACAGAGCCUUGAGAGGGUUUCUCUUCCAGGUGAGAUGCUUCUCUGUCCACGCAGGGUUGGGUGGGAGAAGAGCAGGAUGCCCGACCCGGAGCUUCUCCCUGAAGGGGUGGAUGGAGCGAAGCGAUGCUGUGCCAGCAGAUCUGAGCAUGCAGAGUCAUCCAGCGAGGGCUGAAUCAAAACACCAGGAGCCAAGAAAGUGCUUUUUGCCUUCCCCAAGAGCUGCAGCUCCCAGGGCAAGGCUGUGCAAUCAGCAGAAGGGUCGCACGGGCUCGGGACCUGCAAUAACACCGGCACAGCUGACUCACGAGCAGCUCUUUUAUUCAUAAAAAAAAUAGCUAUAAAUAACCCCCCAACAAUGAAGAGCUGCUGGGGAGUGUUUUUCCAUCCUGCUCUAGGCAGUUAGAGCCUGCACAGAGGAUGAUUUGCCUAGCACAUGGUGAUAAGAUAAAUAGUUGCUGCAGUGACAAGAACAAUAAGGGAAUUAGUGGCAUUUUUUCGCUUCCGAGCAGCGCGGUCCCGGCGGAGCUCCGGGAGCAAGUUCCCUCACCACUGAACAGGAAAUCUGGGAUUUCACAGCUCUUGGUGAAUCACAGUCAUUAGGCCUUCAUCUUCCACGAGGAACGUGGGCUGGCUCUGAUCCUCCCCGAGUCUGCUCCGCUGGGAACAAGCACAAGGUCGUUUCCAUGGAAUACUCAGGAGCAGGGAUAAGAUGUUUCCUGGCUUCUUCACGUCUUAAGUUAUCAGUGGAAGGCUUUGCCUGCCAUACACCUGGUUUUAGGUCCCGUGAUGGCCACUGAGAGAGUGAGCAGGUGGAUAUUCUGGUCACUCUGAAGGUCAUGGCAGUGAACCCUGGAUCCAUGGAGUGACUCUGCCUCCAUGCUCAGCUGAGCUGGGUGGCACUGGCCAUUUUUUGGCUCAGGUAAGGUCUUGUCUGUUGUGAAAGUGCAGAGCUGGAGUGUCAGGAACGAGGAGGAAUUGACUGUGAGUUCAGGGAGAAUGUGACAGGGAAGAAACCAGGACAGUGGAUUCCCUCAUCCUCCCAGUGCCUGGUUUUUCCUGUGUGUAUAAUGUGUGUCCAUGGCCUUGCAGGUGACACCAAACCACCUGCAGCUCCCCUUCUGCUCCCUGUGCUGUGGGAUUCUUGUUUUCAUCAUGUGGAUGCAGCUUUUUCUCCUGUAGUUUCAGACAUAACUUGGUUCCUCAAAGUGCUCUCAGCACAAAGGUUGCUCUGCAUCACACCAAGAUAAGGGUGUCUGUUGUCCAAGGGUUACUGAGCAGAGCUGGGACUCGGCUCCUGGACCAAAUUUCCUGUUUUAAGAUUAACUUGGGAAUGUCCCAGCUGGGGCCUGUUGUCCUGAGCCCUUGAGAAUCCCUGAGAGCUGCAGUUGUGGGCAGUUCUGAGACUGUGAACUCAGGGGAGUGAAGGUGCAUUUUCCACAACAGCCACUUGAACCAUCAUUAAAACUUCCACCUGAAGCUUCUCAUGUCUCUUCUCCAUCUCUUCAAUGUGUUCAGUGGUUAUUUUCUUCUCCACAGGCACAAUCAUCAGGUAAUUAUUAUUGAUCUUGGAGAUUCUCUACAAAAUAAGGCCAUUUCUUAACACAUGACGUAUCAAAAUAACACCAUUCUGAUAAAGAAAUGUAAAACCAAUCACAGAACUAAAAGAAAAACAAUUCUAGAACUAAAAAACAUUGUAGAAGGCGAGGUCUAGAUAAUUAUAAAUCAAAGGCUGCCAACAGCAUGGUACAGCCAGUGUUUGAGGUGUCAGCCCGAGAUACUGGAGAUUAGAUUGGGUUCUCUGAACUUCUGAGGGAUCUUAAACAAAUAAUGUGAUUGCUCUUUUCCCGUUUAUGGGAUGUAGAUAACAGUCUUUCCUUGCAGACGUAGAGUGAGGUAAAUACAAGGAAAAUCACACAGUUCCUGGAAUAUGGGAGGAGAAAAAUGCCCUUGAACCGAGGCUGUGAUGUGCAGAGGUUUGGAUGUGUAGCAGCUCCGUCUCUGAGUUUUCAACUCAAAGUAGUUUUCAUCUGGUUUUGAGAGCUCCAGCUGCAUCCCAGAGGGUUGGAAUGCACAAACCUGGGGGUUUCUGUAUGUUAAAGCCCACUAAAAAAAGCAGUUUCCACACUAAUAUUGUCUCCCUUAAUCUAGCAACAUUAUGCUAAUUUUUAUGUAAUUCUAUUAGGGAAAUAAGAUUACAAAGCUUUUGUGAAGAGCUGUUUAUACUACUUGAUAUUAUUUUAAUUACAUUCCGAUCUCAUUUCGUUUAGUGCUCAGUGCUCGAAUGCCAAAUUUUCAAAUUAGAGCAAUGUCAAGUAGCAUUUUCAGGAAUAUCUGCAGCAUUUCAGAUUAUUGAAAGGAUUUGCUGACUCGAGGUGUUGGCACUGAUGAGGUGACAGAAAUAGUGGAGCCCUUGUUCAGCAGCAACCUCACACCAGAGGUGUGGCUGACAGGGAGGGUUCCAGGAUGCACAAAGGAUGGUUUAUCUGGGACACUGGGAGAAGGAUAUUUUAUAGGAUCUUAAGGCAUCCACAGGCUUGAUCCAUCAUUUUGCAGCCCUUUAUUUCUAUACAAUCAUCCUUUGCAUUUCUAUGUGACCACCUAAAAUACUUAAAGUAUUUCUAGUACAUAAUUAUUGUGUACUAAUUGCACACCAACCUGAAUACACUUUCAUACAUUUCAAUAGGAAAAAAGAAGCCCUAGAAUUUUCCUUUUCGAGCUCCACAUUUUAGCCUGAAUUUCUGAUGUUGUAAAUUUGGCAGAGCUAUCAGAGCUCACGGAUUUCCUGCUCUAGAGCUGGAAUUGCUGCUGCAAUGAUCAGAUGUCAGUGCUGAAUGUGGAAAGCCCAUGAACUCAGCUGAGCUGCUUGGCAGCAUCACAGUAUAAAAUUGUUACUAAUGGAAAUUAAUUUUUUGCUAGGAUAACAGUGAGAAAUGAAUUAAAUCAGAAUAAAUUCGGACAUAACAUGGCUUUACCUGGGUAAUUGUACUGCUCACCUGAACUGCUCUGCUGGUUAAAAUCUCCCUGUUCCCACUGAACCUUGUAUUUUGUUCCAGCAGUGCCCUCUGCUGAGAGCACGGAAUGUGUGUCCCAAAGGCUUUUUUCUCCAAGGCUCAAAUAUUUUAAAUCCAGUUCUCAAAAAUCAUUUGCCUUUACAAAGAUAGAGAAAGAAAAGAUAUAAUGAUAUUGGUGUUGGUUUAUUAAUGUGCAAGUCACACGUUAAAUAAACACAAAAUAUCCUAUAAUGAGCAUGAGGAGUGAUGUCUGCUGUUGUUUAGCUACAUUCUCAUCCAGGAAUUAAGGUGGAAAAAAGGCAUUUUCCUAACUGUUUAGGCAGGAGCUGGGGGCCAGGUUGGUGACACAACACUGAUGUUCUUAUUUCAGCUCCAUCAGCCACACACUCUCCCCUCCAAACCCACAAAAUUCUGCUCUCCGUUUCCCGGCUCUCUAAUCCUUUAUCAUCUACUUUAUUGGUGAGUUAAAGCUGAAUUCACAUUAAUUCCAUUUUAGACUAUCCUUAGAGAAUUUUAAACUACUGCUGUGAUCAUUCAUCCUCUCAAGAUCUGGCCAGAUUUCGCUGCUGGCAGAGGUUGUUUUCAGCAGCUCAUCCGUGUAGCAACAAAUAUGUUUUCCAGUUUGGGCUGUCCUAGCAACUAAACGGCAAUUGACGAUGCCCUGAGGUGGUAACCCAAAUAUUUAACACCACACGUGGUUAAAGUUUAAUCCACUGUCAUGAUGAUGAUGAUGUGGCAACAGAAGCUGCACGUCAGGACCCAUUCCCCACCUGCAGAACAAGGUGGCAGCAGCUCUCGUGUGGUGUGGUCUCUCACGGAGUAUGGGAUGAGUAAAGCCGACCUGGUUGAGGGCUGAAAGAAGGAUUUUCCACCAUGAAUGGAUUCCCAAACUGCUCUGCUAACUACACGAACAUCUGGAGUCAUUCUUUGGUGCUUGCCCUGGGCAUCCCCCAGCUGACCAUCAACGUGGCGUCCGUGCUCUUCAACUGCACCGUCAUCCUCACCCGCCUGGCCACCAAGGACCUGCACAAGCCCAUCUCCAUCCUCUUCUGCAAUUUGGCCGUUUCUGACCUCUUCACCAGCUUCUCUGGCUUUUGGAUUUCCACGCUGUUCAUCACCAACCCCGACAUCACCAUCUUUGGGUCCGAGGACAUGCUCGCCCCUUACGCCUUGUACACCACGUCCAUUUUAUCCACCAUCUACAACCUGGUGAGCAUCGGGGUCGAGCGGUACCUGGCUGUGGCCAAGAGCAUGAGGACGAGAUUCAGGGUUGCCAGAAACCACUCCAUAGGCGUGGUUUUCACCAACUGGGUCCUUGCUUUCUUCCUGGGCUGCUUGCCACUGAUGGGGUGGAACUGCCUGCACAGGGAAGAGAGCGUCUCGGUCCUCUACAGCCCGUUCUGCGUCAACUACCUCUUCUUCAUCGCCGUCCCCAACUUCGUGGUGGCCUUCAUCAUACCCCUGUUCACCUACCUCAGGAUCAUCAUCAUCCUGAGGAGGAGGAAGCUGAGGAUGAAGGCGUGUGGGCAAGCCACCGGCACCUACAAAUCGGCUGAGACCCAGGUGGCCAGGACCAGCAUCUUCAUCUGGCUGCUGGCGCUGAUCUCCUACGCCCCGUUCUUCGCCGGGGUCAUUUUCGACGCCACCAACCACCGGUGCCACGUCGACCUCUACCCGGGCGUCUACAUCUUCAGGAACUGCACGGCCAUGCUGAUCACCAUCAACUGCCUGGGCAACCCCCUCAUCUACACCCUCAAGCUCAAAACCCUGGGGGCCAAGCUCAAGGCUCUCAAGUGCCUCUCCACCAACCGCGUCCGAGCCUGUGCCAUCGAGCACAUCUAGGCAGGGCUGCCCCUGCUGCGGCACCCACGGUGUGCCAGACCUGCCCAGCGGAGCCGGGGAGAGCUCUGCCAUCACUCCACAUCCAGGGGGAUUCAAAAAACGCGUGGAUGUGGCACUUGGGGGGCACGGUUUAGUGGUGGGAUGAUGGUUGGGCUUGGUCUUUAGAGGUCUUUUCCGACUUUGAUUCCUGUGAUUCCAUUCCUGAGGCCCGGGUGCUUCAGCACCCAGCAAGGGGGAGGUGUUGGGGUGCAGAAACCAGCACGGGCAGCCCUGAACAGGGGGCUGGGCUCUGUGUCUCCCCUCAGCAGCGAGGAGCUGUGCUGCCUGGCUCUCCCUGGAGAAGAGGCUCAGUGUGUGCCCCUGGUCUGUGUUGCCUCCAGCUGGGAGCAGGGGAGCUGUUUUCCUCGGGGAUAAAAAUAACUCCAUUAGCCCUGUUUACUUUGUGCUGCUGCUGCGCUCGCUUCGCUGCCCAGGCUCCCGUCCCUGUUGUGUGGUUUGUAUGGCUUUGAAGGCAGUUAAACGGCUGGAAAAUUCUCAGCAGUCUGGGGGAAAUUGUCAUUUUACUUUCUCAUUUACACUCAGUCAAAUUGUCUCUUUGACUGUUGGAUGAAUCUUUAUUAACAGGGCACUCAGCCCUGUUUUCCUGGGGUAAUUUUUAACGGCAGUGUGUAGCUGGAUUACAUGUUUUUGUGAGACAUUUGUGGCUACAUCUUUCAUAUUUCUGCUUAUAGAGGCACACUCGAGUCCAUGGCUUGUGAAAUUUGGGCUGUUCCAGGUGACAACCUUGGCUGGAUCCUUCAGGAUUAGAACUGAAGUCGAGUUGCCUGUACAAAACAAAAUAAAAACGUCAAGACCA